AUCACACACAGUCUGUAACUGUUGCCGCUGCCCGGAAAGCUAGUUUUAGACACCUGGCUAGCCGUAGCCUGCUGGAAUAUAACGGCGAACCGUCGAUUAGCUACAGUAUUUACAAAAUCUGCAGGUUCCCAUCCAGACAGCUUAUAAGCAGCGAGUGGAGGGACAUUUAUCAGAAUUGGCAGAUUAGAGAUGGAAGGAGAUGAGUGCAGUUUUCCUCCAGAUUCGUCAGAUGAUCACUCCCAAAGAGGAAGUGUUGCUUCCUCCGCAACGCUUUCCCGUGCUCAAGAUGUGCUGAUAUACCUGUUUGGUGAGACUGCAGUACACUUGUCUGUAGAAGGGCUUGGCAGUGUCACUGUGCAGGAGUUGGGCCGCAUUGUUCGUGAUGCUCUCCAUAUUCCUGAGACUGCACAGGAUGUUUUUGCCUUCUGGUUGUCUUCUCCACUACUCGAACUGCAGUUAAAGGCAAGACAUCAACCAUACAAACUGUGUCGGCAGUGGCAGGACUUGCUGUAUCGCUUCACUGAGGCUUCGGAGGAAGACAUUUCACAAGAUGAACCAUGUCUCCAGUACCGUCGGAAUGUGUUUUAUCCCAAAUCUAAAGAGCUGCAGAUAGAAGAUGAGGGAGUGCUGAGACUUCUGUACGAGGAGGCCAGGAACAACAUCCUGACAGGUCGUUACCCCUGCGAUCCCGAGCACUGGACGGGUCUCGGAGCCUUGUCUCUUGCUCUCGAUGAGGGAACUGGUCUUGACAGCCAAAAAUUGACCGCUACUAUAAAAGAGAAGAAGCUGUCUUCUUUUCUGCCUGCACACGUUGCCAUGGGGAGUGGAGGAUUGUUCUCCACUCUGAGAGGGAAGUCGAGUCGUCAGGCAGGGUUAGAGCAGAACCUCCUGGAGGAGUACAGAAAGAUCAGCACAUCCGCUGGAAACCUUCCCGAGCCCACACAGCUCCUACACCAGUACCUCAACACAUGUCACACUCUGCCUUAUUAUGGGUGCGGUUUCUUCUUUGGGGAGAUUGACAAACCAGUGCAAGGGCUCCUCCAAAGGGUAAAACGCAAACCUGUCAAUGUUGGCAUCUGCCUGGAGGGAGUUUAUGUGAUGGAUGUCAAAGAGAAGCACGUGCUGCUUGGCCUGCGUUUCAGCGAGCUUUCCUGGGACCACAGCUACCCCGAGGAGGAGGGUGACUCUCACAUUCUGUGGCUAGAGUUUGACGGAGAGGAGGAUGGCACUCCUGUCAACAAGUUGCUAAAAAUCUACUCAAAACAAGCAGAGCUAAUGAGUGGCUUCAUUGAGUUCUGUGUGGAGCUGAAGUCUACGUCUGAGGGAGGGGCUUCAGCUGAAACGGACAGAGAGGUGAGUCCAUCUCAACAACCCGACGGCCAAGAUGGCAGCAACAAGAACGGACGUGGAGGACGGCGCGGGAUGCUGCGCAGGCAAAGCAGUGUCGUGUGCAGUCGGGUCCAUUCACUUAACACUAUCAGCUAUGUGGACAACGGAAAAGAAAUCAAACGCUUGAAGCCGAAAAGGGCCGCAUCCUUCUUCACCCGACAGGCAUCUGCACCCACGUACUCUGCCGUGCAGGUGACAGAGAGUCUGGAGCAGGGUUAAAACUCACCGAUCCACUCUGCCCCAUGCUUCUCAAAGACCAAACCUGAACAUUUUACACUGAGAUUUAAAAGAAAAGACUUGACACGAGCUUGAGACAUUUAACUGAUAAUAUAUGAACAUGCAAAGGACCAAGCGAGGGAUCUAAGUGUGAGUGGCAAUAUUUAUCUUUUGAAGUUGUGUAUAUUGAGAGAAUACAGUAAUGUGAAAAACAGAGUGAUCUAUUAACAGUUAAGCUUCCAAGGUUGAACUGAAGUGGCUAUUUGUUAAAUGGCCGUACAUGAACAUGAAUAUAAAUGGGAAAAAAUAGCAUUCUCUGAGCACCAUAUGAUGGACCUCCUUCAGGCAAAUGUUUACAAAAGCCUGUAUAAGUCUGAGACAAGCCUUAGAGAAAUCCUCAGAUGUUGACUUCAAUCGAUGACUGUGUAUCUCAUGACCUUUUUGACCUUUCUGCAGCGUUCUCGAGCAACGUUUAAUGCCAUUAUCAUUCAAAAUCACUGCAUUACCUCUUUUUACCUUAUUCUUAACUCUAUCCGGGGAAGGAACAUCAAGAACAUUGCAAUACAACCCCCUACAGUACAGCAACUAUACUAACUAUAACACCUUCUCCUCUUGACUGUUAAGAGUUACCACAAAGACAGUCAGCAUGACAAACACUUUCAGGGGACGAUCUAAAGGCGUGUUCCCACAAUUCUGCUUUUUUCUAAACUGCCAGUGCCUUGUUCUCAUGAAAGUCAACGGGCCACUUUAGCAAAGCAUUGGCAGAAACAUUUAAUGGUUUGGUGUUAGUGAUCGGGAAGAGUCCGUAUGGGAGCACACUGGCUGUGUUGUGGGAGUUUCUUGUAAGUACAUGUAUUUAAGAUUUGCCUAUAUUUGCAGUUGAUUAUGGGAGGAAAUUGUGCAAUGAUUUUAUUUGUAAAAGCUGAACAACAAAUAGUCUAAACAUGUAAAAUAACUGGAUAAACUGGACAGUGUCCUGUUGUAGAAGAGACAGUCACUCAUUCACAAUGUCACGUCCUCACUGGGGAGCAUAAAAGGAAUUGACUCCAAUGAAAGAAUCAAAUUAGAGGCAAAAAUGACCUAAACAUAUAAUAAGUUAGUAAAAAUGACUCUAUCUGUUAAAAUAGCUCGUCCUAAACAACUAAAAGAACAAUACCGUGCUGUUAUUCCUGCCACCAUAUGUUCUACGGUUGUUGCCCAACCAGUUGUGCACAAGUUAACUUCAAAUCAGCACCAUCAGUACCAGUGACAUCCAUGUACAUGCCUUGACUUGACUAUUGCUUGCUUGAUCAGGCUUUAUUAACAAAAACUAAUACAAUAAUGCAACUUCUGAGACAGAAGACAUGUGAGAGACUUCCUGUUCCUGUUAUCAGCUCUACUUAAACCUGCUGAGUCACAAACAAAUGCACACUACAACCUGCAUGUUUAAUGGUAUUAAGAAGCCAUUUAAAAUGAUUGUUUUCCUUGCAACACACAAUUAUUUGAAACUAGACAGGGAACACUAUCUUUAUAUAAAAAUGAAUGAAAACCAACUGACCAACUUUUCACUAUGCUGUUGAAAUCUCAGUCUGCACACCAAAGCAAGCCUAUCUAACAUGCUGCAACACAGUAUGCUACCUUAACUACACAUUUCAGUCUCCUCCAGGUGUCUCUCUGAACUGCAGCCUCAUGCUGAUACAGGCAGUUUCUGUCUUUGCUGUACAUUUAACAAACAAGCUCACCUCACUAAUGACCAUCCAUGAAGGUAUACAUCUGUAUAACACUGCCUUCCACUUGAACGUAUGUCCUCAUUAAGAUGUGGAGGCAUCAAGUAUUCUUCCAGAUUAUCCUGAGCAUGCAACCUGCAGAACGUUUUUACUUUUCUACGCUUUGAUUUGUAUGUAUGUAUGUCAGCGACUGUAUGUAACUUUUACUAUGCAUGUCACAUUGUAGAAUUAGGCAUUCCGACACAUCAUGUGAUACUGCACUAUUAAUACUAAUACACUGUUUAUAAAUCCUUUACAUCUGCAGAUUUUUUGUAUUGUUUGUUAGCUUUUAUGAGAGACUAUUUUUAUUUCCAUUUUCAUAUACUUGUGUGUGAGUGUUUAUACACAAGAAUGAAGUAAUAGGUCAUUUAAAGCAUUAUCUUCUCAAGCAGUCACUUUGCAGAAGCAUAAAGUGCCUUUUUGUUUGUACUAAGUUGGCAUAUGAAUGGCUGUUUUGGAGCUUGGAAACCUUGAAUGGACAAUUUUUGGUAUUGCUAUGGUUUAAAAAGUGGUGUUUCGUAAUGUGUUUCCCACAUUUACAACUAGAUGGUGCAUUUCACCUUUCUUAGCUGAUGUGAGUAUAUUAACAUACUGGAUAAUGACACUUGGCUGCUGUUGAACAGUGUGAUAUCUCAGUGCAGUGGUCAGCCAGUUCUGCCUUCAUCAUAUAUGUCUGGCAUGUUUGGUUUUUUUUGUAAAUAAACGGAUACAUUGUG